AUGAACGAAUCUUUUGGAUACCCAUAUCCAACUUACAUUCCAAGUAAAACUACAAACGGUUGUGUUGCUGGUGUAGUCAGUAUAUCUUUGAUCGCCUGGUUUAUUCAAUCAUGUCAAACACGUUUUCAACCAACUCGUAUAUCUGUUCUCUUACUUGUUUCACAUAUGACCAUUUUCAUUGAACUUAUUGUUCGUGCAACGGUGCCUGCAGAAAAACAGAACUCGCGAACGGUUUUCGCUAUUACCAAUAUGCUUUUUGCCAUUGGUCAACGUAUGAUUAUCGUUGGAAAUUUUGCAUUUGUUAUGGAAAUUCAUCAUAAAAAGUCACGUUUCAUUCUUCUCAGUGCUAUGCUGUGCGUUAUCACAUCGGGUGUGCUCAUGGUACCAGCAAAUAUGUUAGCCUUCAAACCAGAAAACAUCAGUACAAGUUACCUUUUCCGUGAAUUGUCGGCUUCGGUUUUACUCAUUGGCACAGUCGUUUUCUAUCCUGUUUGGUACUGGAGCCGAACAAUCCAUGACAUGAACAGCAAAGCACUUGUUCUUAUGUGUGUUUCAAAAUUCUACACGACAAUUAACCAUCAUGAAGGAUGGUUCUUCGGCUUUCAAAUGGUGCCUAUUAUAUUUGCACAUUUUACCUGGUCAGCUUGUCAUCCAAAACGAAGUUUAACUACAAAUUCUGGAUAUGAAAAAGAAACACAACGUGAAGGACUCGCGAUAGGUGAACAUUUUCCAGAGAAUACGAUCUAG